AUGGCUGAAGGUGCUCCUCCCGUACCACAAGGACUUGGCUCGACUUCACGCCAUGAUUUCGACAACACAGCUCUCGGAAAAUGGCUACAGCAGACGAAAGCCAUACCUGACCUCAAAUUACCUGUGAUUUCGAGCAAGAUAGGUUAUGGACAGAGUAAUCCGACUUAUUUUGUGGAUGAUGCUGCAGGUCAGCGAUACAUUCUCCGGAAGAAACCACCAGGGACGAUUAUCAGCCCUGUGGCCCACCAGGUCGACCGCGAGUACAGGGUGCUCAAAGCGUUGGGAUCUGUGGAAGGAUUUCCAGUACCCAAAGUGUACGCUUUGUGUAUGGAGAACGAUGUUAUUGGGACGCCAUUUUAUGUCAGUGGAAAGAGGCUUAAUCAGUUCGACUACCACGAGAACUGUAAUGCUAACAUUGUGCACGUCCAGGUCAUGGAGUUCAUCAAGGGUCGCAUCAUGAAAGACUACAUCGAGCUCAGUGAGCUUUCGCCGGAAGAUCGUUAUAAAGUCUGGUUCUCCCUCAUUGAGACCCUGGCCUGGCUACACAGUCUCGAUCCCGAUAAAUUAGGUCUCGAAGGCUAUGGCAAGAAGACUGACUUCUACAACCGACAAUGCACGACUUUCUCUCGAAUCGAAGCACAGCAAGCUGCGGUCAAAGACAUCAAGACAGGAGCUGUACUAGGCAGAGCACAUGAACGAUAUGAUGAGGUGAUGGCGUACGUAAGACAGCAUUUGCCGAAAGAUCGAUACGCGAUCAUUCACGGAGACUUCAAGUUUGACAAUGUGGUCCUUCACCCCACGGAACCUCGCGUAAUCGCAAUCCUCGACUGGGAACUAAGCACAAUCGGCCACCCCCUCCUCGACCUCCUCUUCACCCUAUCCCCGUUCCUCGGCGGCCCAAAAGCCAACGACCUCGACUCACCAAGCUCCACACCCUACGACACCGCCCUCUCCCGCCAACAAUACGGCCUCCCAGACCUCGACAACCUCCUCAACCACUACACCAAUAUCGUCGGCUAUGACGUCCGCAAAGACAACAACGGCCGAGACGUGCAGAUUGCGCGAAUCUUUAAUCUGGUGAGAGGCGCGACGAUCAGUCAUGGGAUUCAGGCGAGGACUGUGACGGGACAGGCGAGUAGUGAGGAGAGUUGGAGGUAUUUUCGGAACACGAGGCGGUCGGUGGAUUCGGCGUUGAGGUUGAUUGAGGAGUUGGAGGGAGAAAAUAGGGUGGUGGCGAAGCUUUGA